GGCAUUUUUGUGAAAAAUAUCUGUUUCAGAGAAUACAGAGAAGUUUUCUUCUUCAGUAUGGGCAGCCGGAGCCUCCAGUGUAUGAAUUUUCUCUGGCUAUUACUCUUUCUAUCAACCUUGGAGGAUUGUUUUGCUGCAAACUAUGUGAAAUUGCCACCCAGGAAUGCUAGUUCUUCAGGUAAAGCUGACCCAUUUGAUGCUACCGAAUCAGGGAGAGAUGAGAGGUUGCAUGUUUUCACAGUGGAUUAUGAAUAUGUGCAAAUACCCUACGAAGUCACCCUUUGGAUUCUCCUGGCCUCUCUUGCGAAAAUAGGUUUCCACCUCUACCACAAGCUGCCUCACUUCAUGCCAGAAAGCUGCCUUCUCAUUGCUAUGGGUGUCUUGGUGGGUGCAAUUAUUUUUGGCACUGACCAUAAAUCACCACCAGUCAUGACUACGAGCAUUUAUUUCUUGUAUCUUUUGCCUCCCAUUAUCCUGGAGCAAGGGUAUUUUAUGCCAACCCGGCCCUUUUUUGAAAAUUUUGGAUCAAUUAUGUGGUGGUCUGCAAUGGGAUCUCUCAUAAAUGCCUUUGGCAUUGGCUUCUCACUCUAUGGGAUUUGCCGGAUCACAGCCUUUGACCUCCAGGAUGUGAACCUACUUGACAGCCUGAUGUUUGGGAGCAUGAUCUCAGCUGUGGAUCCUACAGCAGUCCUAGCUGUAUUUGAAGAAAUGUCUGUUAAUGAGUCUCUUUAUAUGAUGAUAUUUGGAGAAUCUUUGCUAAAUGAUGGGAUAACAGUGGUCUUAUACAAUAUCCUCAUUGACUUUACCAAGAUGCAUAAAUAUGAAGAGAUUGAACCAGUUGACAUCCUGGCAGGAUUUACUCGCUUUUUUGUCGUGAGUCUUGGCGGGGUGCUGUUUGGCAUUGUGUUUGGUUUUGUGGCAGCAUUUAUGACUCGAUUCACAAAGAACUUCUCAGCCAUUGAGCCUCUCCUGGUCUUCAUGUUCAGCUAUUUGUCAUACUUAGCUGCGGAAACACUUUACAUUUCUGGCAUCUUGGCGAUCACAGCAUGUGCAGUAACUAUGAAAAAAUACGUGGAGGCAAACGUUUCCCAAAAUUCCUAUACAACAAUCAAGUAUUUCAUGAAAAUGCUGAGCAGUAUAAGUGAAACCCUGAUAUUUGUAUUCAUGGGAGUGUCCACUGUUGGUUGGAAUCAUGAAUGGAACUGGGCUUUCGUGUGCUUUACAUUGUUCUUCUGCAUCCUUUGGAGGGCACUAAGUGUGUUUUUUCUGUUCAGCAUCAGCAACAUUUUCCGGACCUAUAGAUUCACUUUUAAAGAUCAACUUAUUAUCAUCUACAGCGGUCUACGAGGAGCCAGCAAUUUCUCCCUUGUGUUUUUGCUUCCUGCAGGUCUCUUUCUUAGAAAGAAAAUGUUUAUUACUUCUACUAUUGUGGUGAUAUAUUUUACUGUCUUCAUCCAGGGAAUUACCAUUAGACCACUUGUAAAGUUCCUUGAUGUUAAGAAGACCAAUAAAAAAGAGUCUAUCAAUGAGGAAAUUCAUGAACGUUUGAUGGAUCAUUUAAAAGCAGGCAUUGAAGAUAUUUGUGGACACUGGAGUCAUUAUCAGCUGAGAGACAAGUUUAAGAAGUUUGACAACAGAUUCCUAAAGAAGGUUCUGUUACACAAGCAGCAACCCAAAUCCAGUCUUGUUUCACUGUACAAAAAACUUGAAAUAAAACAAGUCAUUGAGAUGGUAGAAAGUGGGGCAAUGACACCAGCGACAUCCACACAAUCUUCUCUGAGGUACAGACAUCAAAGAACCCGAAGACUUGCCCCUGAAGAGGUGGAGUCCAUCCAAAACAUACUGGCACACAAUCUGUAUCAAGUGAGACAAAGGACAUUGUCAUAUAAUAGGUACAACCUUGCUGCAGAUGCAAGUGAGGAGCAAGCCAAAGAAAUCCUCAUCCGACGCCAGCAGAGCCUGAGGCAGACUGUGAAGAAAGGCAACAGCCUUCCAUGGGGAGGGCAGGCACCUGCCAAAAGUGUACGUUUUUUGUCAUUACCAUUUGGUAACGCUCGAUUCAACAGAAGAACAGCUAGGAAUAAAGAAGAUCUAACAGGAGAUUCCAGUAGUGAUUCUGAAUCUGUGUUCAUUAAACUAAAUUCAGAGCCGCAGCAAAGGUCAAACCAAAGGAAAUGGCAACAGCCGGAACUACUUCCUAUGAGGCAGCUGCCUUCAAGACGUGAACGAGCAGGUUUUGCAGGCCACAGAAGAAGAACAAAUGAAGAAGAGAAAAUAGCCAGAGCCCAAACAACACAGUUGCUGCUGAAACCUCAACAUAAUGCACUAAUUGAAACUGAUAUUCAGGAACCUGAGUCAGAGGAUGUGGUGGACACAGCACCAUUCCCUUUGGUCCCUGCCAUCAAAUGGACAGCAGAAUCCAGGGAUGAUAAACAUUUUUAUGGGCCAGAAAGACACUUUACAGGAAGAAAAGUAUGA